CCGCAAUUUCUUUUUUUACGGACAUCUGCUGGUUUGCUACGAAACUUUCAGUCUCGCGACACAGCUUCUAUGGAGUUCAUUGAAUUUUGUCGUCAAUAGAAGGCUUAAUACCCAGCACGUGUCCUCAGUAUAAUUAUUUCAAUAGAAAGGACACUCAUUAAAAAGCAACUCUGACCGCUAGCUGAAUACUGUUCAUAACUCUACAUCAGAGCUAGCCGAGGGUGAAAUUGCAAAGAUCUUCACUUUGAAAUUUGUUUGCUGCAUCUUUUUGUAAAGUGCUGUUCAGUUGUUUGUAAUAAUAAUGCGGAUGAGGAAUUUCUUGUGAUUAUGAGCUCAUUUUAAUUUGCUGGACGAUAAAUUCAGAAACUGGUGACCCUUGCAGUCCAACACUGUCACUUUUUGUCCUGGUAGUGCACACAAGAGCAGGUUUCUGUGUGACCAUUGUGAGUGCAUUCAAAUCCAUCUUUUUAGGAGCAGGAGAUUAGGUGAAUUAAUCCCUUUUUGAGUGCAAUAUAAUAUUGAGCAAUUUGUUUGUAAUGAGGGGAUGCUUACUAAGGAUAAUUCAGCCCUUGUGAACUCUGAAGGCUUGGAUAAAUAAAUGCUGAUAUUGAUUGGAUGAUAUUGCUGUAGAUUAUGACAUUCAGUGACAUAGAACUUCGAUUCGGUCUUGAGUACUCCAAAAGUGCCUGAAACCAUGAAGACUUGUGCUAUUUCUUCCCAUGGAUACAGUCCUAAAUUAAUCGGCUGUGCAGCAACAUUCAAGAGCCCAGGGAUUUCUAGUGGUCUCCCAUUUCUGCCGUCGUCGGUAAUGGGUGAUGUGUGUGGACCGGAAGCCACGUAUAUAACCAAUGAGACAUUCCAUACUCCAAGUUUUGAUGACGAUUUUGACAUCACACCUUUGAACUCCCUUCCAGUAUCUAACAGUGUGUCACACGCCUUACCGCAGGUCCAGACCAGCUACCCACAGCAUUCCUACCCUCAGUUUGUCUCCCAUCAAUAUCAUCCCUACUCACAGCAUCAUCACACCCCAGUCACCAGUGUUGCCCCUCUGAGUACAACACCGAUAUUUCCCCCUCAGAACUUUGAUAUUCCUGACAUUUCCCUCACAAACAAUUUUGACCCCACAGUGAAUUCUCUGACGUCUAUGGCCAUGAUGACCAGUUCUAUAGACAAUGGCAAUCCAAAUUCAUCUUUUGUGCAGUCCUCAAUGGCUGUCACCGCCCCUACAAUGGCCAACAAUGCUGCUAUCUCAGUCAUUAAAAUGGAUGACAAAUAUAUGGAACCGAACCAGCAGACUUCUCCAAGCCACAGCUCGAACUCCAUCUCUCCACCAAGGGAAAGCAGUGAGGAUAGCAGCGAUGAUUGUCUCCCCCUGGCCCAGCUCAUGAAAAGACAGGCAGCAGCAAAAUCAAUUGUUGAAGAGAAGGAACCCUCCCCUCCUCCUCCAACUGGAGUCACUAAAACCAGAAAAACACCCAAAAAGAAGAAAAAGAAGGACCCUAAUGAGCCUCAAAAGCCAGUUUCAGCCUAUGCCUUAUUUUUCCGGGAUACACAAGCAGCAAUAAAGGGAGGGAACCCCUCGGCCAGUUUUGGUGAAGUCUCCAAAAUUGUAGCUUCAAUGUGGGAUAGCCUGGACCCGGACACUAAAAAUGUGUAUAAAAAGAAGACAGAGUUAGCUAAAAAGGAAUAUCUAAAACAAUUGGCUGCUUACAGAGCAAGUCUUGUCUCUCAGUUACCCAUGGAUGACAACAAUCCAUAUGGAAACCUGAUGGACAAGAACCAGUUUGUACGCCAAGCCCAGAACUCUCCCAUGCACAUGUCCCCCAAUGUGUCUCCACCCCAGGGUGCCUGGCCGAUGACCUCAAUGACCAUGCAGAACCAGUCCCCACCUGGUCUUCAUGGCAUGUCCCCCCAGGGUCACUCUCCAGACAGCCAUGGAAUGUCCCCACAGGGUCAAGGGAUCUCCCCCCUUCAUCAUGGAGCCAACAUGUCACCUUCCAUGGGGGACAUGAUGAUGGGGCCUCCCUCCAACAGCCCCCCUAAUAUGGGCUACAGUCCUCAGCAUCCUCAUGUGAGCCCCCAGCACAUGGUGUCCUCACCCCCAAGACCUGUCCAACAAAUUGCUCCUAGACAGCCAGUCCUUGGACAACUGAUGGAGGAGGCUAAUAUUUGUUUGGAUGGAGGAGAUAUGAUGCAGUCGAUGUGUAUCCGAAACGGUUGUACGAACCCCACCAUUGAGAGUCCAGGCUGGGACAACGAGUACUGCUCAAACGAGUGUGUGGUCAACCAUUGCAGGGAUGUGUUUACAGCAUGGGUUUCCUCUCGACAAGGCUCAAACCAGUUUACUGUGAAAUGAUCUGCUUACGCCGAAGGCACGUGUUAAAUAAAUGUACAACAGACCUGUGAAUAGUGCAAGGGAGAGAAUCCAUGUUGUGUCAGCUAGUGUCUCAUGCAGUGGAGACUGUGGAGUGGGAGAUUAUGGACAUGAUAAGGCAGAAGACGUGGACUCUGUUCAUUACACUUUGUUGACAAGGCUAUCAGAGUUACUUCCCUUGUUAGUUUUUAGAGAAAUAAUCUCCCGUUUUGUAUAUGCAUUUGACUGUAUGUCUGUUUGUAAUAUUUAUAGCAUUCCCAGUGGUAGAAUAUUUAAUUGUUCAAUCACAGUACUCGUGUAACUGCAGUAAUUUUGUCAAUAUGCGUAAUAAGGCACUGAUGCUAUAACUAAUAUGAAAAUUGCUGGGUAAUUGUUGUUUUCCAAGAAAUUAAUGUGAAUCCGUUGACUUCAUUAUUCAUCUUAAUGGUUAUAAUGUUUGUUCAUUUAUCAAACAAACAUUUAUUAUGAUUGCUUUUCAUUUACGAAUAACAAUGCCCAUUGUUGACAUUAUCUAGGCAGUGCUUUCCUAUUUCUGUGUUGACAUCCAGGAAGGUCGUUCUUGCUAUUACGAUUGUUAUUAUUUAUAUCAUUUAUGUCAAUUGUAUAGACAUUUUUUAUACCUGACUGGCAAAUAAGUAUCAAACCAGUCGCAGGGUCUAAUUUAGAUGUUCAGAAAUAAUCAUUUGUAGCAAACAUUUUGAUUGGAUAACUAAGGUAGAUUGUUAAGACAUUAGAAUUAUUUAUGGGAACAACCUGUUAGGAAAUAGCAUAUCAUGAAACAUGAAAAUGAGAGAAAAAAAUUAAAAGAUUGGAAAUUUCAAAAAAAUUCCAGAACAAAAAAAUUAAUAUAUUUAGUCUGUUGAGUUGUUUAACUUUUCUAUACUUUGAAAGAGAGAAGUAAACCAAAAUUUACAAGGAUAAAAAACACUUUGCAGUCUGUUUGUAUAAACAUUCUUGUUUCAAUUGUUAAUUGUGAUUGCCCUAAUGUGAAGGGCAAUACAAAUAAACACACAGAUGGAAAUGGAUGCAAUGACUUUGUAUUGAGAUCUGUGCUUAAUGUUAAUUAAAAGAAUCCGCUUAU